AAAGAAGAAGAGAAAAUAAUGGUGUCAAACAAAACCUAAAACCCUGGAAGAAGAUGAAAACUCUCUCUAUCUCUCUAACCACAACUCUCCCGCUUCCAUUUUCUCUCUCUCGAACCGUCACUCUUCAGGCUCCAAUCUGCUUUCCUCCUACCUUCUGUUCAUCUUCAUCAUCAUCUUUUACCAUGUCCGACGCGUCUAAUUCCUCCACAACUCUGGAGAAACAGUUCGAUCAUCUUCGCCACCAACUCGACGAGUCAGGGAGCUUACGUGAACGCAUUCGAGCCGUCGUAAUGGAGAUUGAAUCAACUACAAGGACAAUGCAUUCCUGCAUUCUUUUAGUUUACCAGUCUCGCCCCAUUCCUGAGGUAUUGGAGAAGGCUAAUGCUCAGAUUCCUGUGUUGAAGGAGCUUUAUCAUCAGCUUGCUGAAAUUCUCAAAGGCUCUGAUCAGUAUUAUAGAUUUCAUGGUGAUUGGAAGAAUGAAACACAAACAGUAGUGUCUCUGCUUGCUUUUCUGCAGUGGCUCGAGACUGGAAAUCUUCUUAUGCAUACUGAAUUGGAGGAGAAACUUGAUUUGAAGAGCUCACACUUUUGUCUAGACAUUGAAGACUAUCUUACUGGUAUCUGUUUCAUGUCUAAUGACAUGCCAAGGUAUGUAGUGAACCAAGUCACAGCUGGAGAUUAUGACUGUCCAAGAAAGGUGUUGAAGUUCUUGACAGAACUUCACGCUGCAUUCCGUAUGCUUAAUUUACGCAAUGAUUUCCUGCGCAAAAAGUUUGACGGAAUGAAAUAUGACUUGCGAAGAGUUGAAGAAGUUCACUACGAUGUUAAAAUCAGAGGCUUGACCAAAACUGGCGAUGCAACGGGAGAUCAGGGAACAACACAUGGUCAAUGAUAGCACAUGGUCUCGUCGUCUUUCAAAUGAAGUGCAUCUUUUAGGUAUAUCUCUAGUUUUUAAUCGAUUCAGACAAAGGUAAACAUUGGGGCCUUAUUUUGUAAACGCUUUUUUUUCGUCUGGAUCUAAAUCAGAAACUGUGAAGUAAUGUUGUAUGACUAAAUUCAUUUGGAAUCUACCAAAUGUGAUCUUAUAUUGGCUAAAAAAUUGUUUCCAAAUGAAGCUAUUACAUUACUCCUUUUUUUUGCUUUAUAUUUACCCAAGUGGAUAAAAGUCUCUAGUGUUGAUUUAUUCUGGCUUGGUUUUAUGUAACUACUAAAUGAAGAAUACAUUUUAUUUUUUUCAGAAAGACAAAAUUUGGGACAAA